AAAUACGUCGAUGCAUUUGCUUUGUUUCGACUUUGUGUUGUUUUGGGAUACGACUACAAAAUUUCAGAGAAAGGCGUAUGUCGAGGCGUUGAGAUGGCGCUGAAACUGAAAACGCCGUGUGAAGUGGUCGAAGCGAAUGCCGGAUUUCAUAACGAAGUGUCAGUGAUGCACAUCGGUGAGAACACCACUGAGGAGGAGUUGACUUGGGGUGUUGACAGCACUGUUCGAGUACCACCCUUAUGUGAAACGGUUGCCGAAUUGGUGAUUCUCGAAGAACAUCAUACAAGGAGUUUCUCAAUCGAAGGACGUCUCUCAGGGAAAGUGAUCGUUACGGUAACGAAUCUUCAUGACAACAACAAUCUGGUGACAAUCCUCGAGGGCAAGAUUGCCGAUAUUAUUCGUGGCACUCCGAAUUAUCCAGCUAUGGGCUUUGUCAUAGCGCACGAUGUGGCAACAUACACUACUAAAGGAAUAUGUAAGUUCAAAUAUGGUAUUGAGCAGAAGGUACGAAUAACUGAACAUGCUGUACGUCGACCGUAUUAG